CAUUCACCUGGCUGUUAAGGCUGACAGGAUUUUGUGGUUGUCUCCAUCCCCGAGGCUCCGUGGACGCCCUUCCUGGGAGCACAUAUCCAGUGUCCUCUGGGGAGUAGUGGAGGAUUGGGACAACGGUGGCAAAGUCGCAAGGAGUCACAUCCUCGACAAUUUCAUCAAGACCAACCAAGGCAAGACCUCUCCUGAACUGGAGCAAGAGUUUUCCCAGGGAGCCAGCUUGUUCCUGGUACGCUUGACCACCUGGCUUAGGCUCAUCUAUAUGACUGGCUCCUGUUUAGAUAAGCUUCUAAAGUCUAUUGGCAUCUUCUUGUCAGCGGUGAGCAGUAAUCGGUACCUUAGAGAAUUUCUGGAAGUUGGAGGCGUCCUAACACUCUUGGAAAUACUUGGGCUGGAGAAGAUCAGGGAGGAGGACAAGAAGGAAUCCAUCAAGCUACUUCAGGUUAUUGCAAACCAUGGCAGGAAGUACAAGGAGCUCAUCUGUGAAAGCUAUGGUGUACGAUCCAUAGCAGAAUUUUUGGCAAAGUCUAAAUCCGAAGAGACCCAGGAAGAAGUGCAGCUUCUGUUGGAUUCUUUGGUCCACGGAAACCCCAAGUACCAGAAUCAAGUCUACAAAGGUCUAAUAGCUUUGCUGUCCUGCGCAUCACCAAAAGCUCAGCAGCUGUCCCUGCAGACUCUCAGGACUGCGCAGUCGAUCAUUGGAACCACCCACCCCAGCAUCGUGGAGUGCGUGCUGAAGGUGCUGCGCACAAUGCACCUCGAAGUCCAGUAUGAAGCCAUCUAUGGACUGGACUGCUUUGAGGCUCUGGGGAGGCAGAGCUGCCUCAGAUACGUUCGCUGGAGUUCACAGUCGUGGAGAGACUCUGACUGAUGACGGCGGUACUCCGCGGUGAGAAAGGGAGAGACCCAGGACGGCCACUCCUCGGUGGUCCAGAGUGGAGGCAGAGGGAGAACAGGCCAGAUAGAGCUACUUGAAAGCUAAUUUCUGAGGUAAGUCUAGAAGAAUAAGUAACAAGAGGCAGGUGAAGAAGACUCUUCUUCCUGAUAAUGGUAGGCUAGGAAAUUUGGAUCAGUCCCCCUUCUGGAGGGAUUGAUGUUGAGUUGUUUUUACUCACAACACUUCUCACACCAAAUGGGGGGAGGGGGGUUUCCACACCAAGCAAUUGUCCAGUUCUUCGCAGACAUCAAUUGGGUACCCUGUAAUUCAGUUCAAUUCUGACACUACCCGGAGUUAGCUUCAGACUCCACAGGUUUAAGGG